UUUGUUACAAAUGAAACGGAAACGUGAGGAUCUGCAGCUUGCCAGUCGCUCCCAUAUCCUGAAUCCACACCUGUGCGCCGCGGCGAAAAGUCGAAGCGAUCGCGUCAUCAAUCUACCUGACAGAUAUUUCUUUGUCUCUGAGAUUCUAUCUUGCUAAUGUCCGCACCUCUGGCUCCUCUAUGGCGAUUCGCCUAUUGUCUCUUCAAACCGCAAGCGUGUAGAGUCUGGAUCUCAGCCUCGCGCAUGCGACAUAUCUCAAAUCCCCCACAGUGGCUUUUUACUCUCGCUCACAUCAUUCAUUGCCGUACUUACGCCAUCCUAGGAAACUCCCUAGUUGGUCUGAAGAAGAAGAGAGCGCUGCAUCAACGCACGCGACCAGCGGAUCUCAUUUCUUGGAGGGCUUAAAUACUCUGCACAUCUUGCUACGAUUAGUUUGGCACAGGGUCUAUUUCUCUCUCUCUCGUGAAAACAGUCCAGGGUACAUUCUCCUACUGAACUGUGCUUGAUCUAGUGAACAAACUAUGAUCAGCCGAACGCAAGUUGGCCAUUCCUUGGCCAAAGUUCUAGGGAUUAAGCUUGACGACCCGAAGACCGAUCCUGUCACUCGAGGAGAAUCCGUCUUCUCAGUGACCACCGCAGAUACCUAUGUUGAAGAGGAACCAACAAUAUUUGAAUGGUUUGAAGAGCAUACCCCCUCACUACGGGAUGUCGGACGAUAUAUAUACAAUCUCUUCCCUUUCAUUCACUGGAUCGGUCGCUACAACUUACAGUGGCUGUAUGGUGACCUCGUAGCAGGCAUCACUGUUGGCGCGGUUGUUGUACCGCAGGGUAUGGCGUAUGCGAAGCUUGCCAGCCUACCCGUCGAGUUUGGCCUAUACUCAUCUUUCAUGGGUGUCUUGAUCUACUGGUUCUUCGCAACAUCAAAGGAUAUUACCAUAGGCCCCGUUGCCGUCAUGUCUACCCUCACCGGUACUAUUAUCGAUGAGGCAAGCCAGAAAUUACCGAAUGUCGAGCCAUAUCAUAUUGCUUCGGCCCUCGCUAUCAUCUGCGGAUCUAUCGUGGUAUUCAUCGGUCUAGCACGCUUAGGCUGGCUUGUCGAGUUUAUUUCACUCGCAGCUAUCUCUGCCUUCAUGACGGGUUCUGCUCUCAACAUCGCCGUAGGCCAGGUGCCAACCCUCAUGGGCAUUACCGGCUUUAACACUCGCGAUUCGACGUAUAAAGUCGCUAUCAAUACUUUAAAACAUCUGGGACGCUCCAACGUGAAUGCUGCAAUGGGUCUUGCAUCCCUAUUCCUUCUGUAUCUCAUCAGAUGGUUUUGCAAUUUCAUGUCUAAGAAGCAGCCCAAUCGCAGAAAGAUGUGGUUCUUUAUUUCCACUCUAAGAACUGUAUUUGUUAUUCUCCUAUUCACUCUAAUCAGCUGGCUUGUGAACAGGCAUCACAAGAAGAGUCCGAAGUUCAGCAUUUUAAAGACAGUGCCGCGCGGCUUCCAAGAUGCCGGCGUGCCAGUCAUCAACUCGGAAAUCAUCGAUGCCUUUUCGAACAAGCUUCCUGCCGCAGUCAUUGUCUUACUGAUUGAGCACAUCUCUAUUGCGAAGUCUUUUGGGCGCGUCAAUAACUACACAAUCGAUCCCUCGCAAGAGCUGGUUGCCAUCGGCGUAACGAAUCUUCUAGGACCAUUCCUUGGUGCGUAUCCAGCCACGGGGUCUUUCUCACGUACCGCCAUCAAGUCCAAGGCAGGCGUCCGCACACCGCUAGCUGGAGUUAUUACUGCUGUUGUUGUGCUCUUGGCCAUCUACGCUUUGCCCGCUGUGUUCUAUUACAUCUCCAACGCUACCCUGGCAGCAGUCAUUAUUCAUGCUGUUGGAGACUUGAUCACGCCACCAAAUACGGUCUACAGAUUCUGGAGAAUCUCUCCAAUCGAAGUUCUCAUCUUCUUUGCUGGUGUCUUUGUCACCGUUUUCAGCACCAUUGAGGACGGUGUUUACACCACGAUCUCCUGCUCUGCCGCGCUAUUCUUGUUUCGGGCCUUCAAAGCCAAAGGCUAUUUCCUUGGCAAGGUUAAGAUUCAUUCAGUCAUUGGGGACCACCUUCUUGAUGGGGAAGAGAACAAGACUGGUGUUGCGAAGCCAUACGAUCAAAAUAGAGGUCAUGUGAGUAGUCACGACACCGCAGAGUACCGUAAUGCCUUCCUCCCGAUCAGCCACCAUGACGGCUCCAAUCCGGCGAUCGAACUUGAGGACCCAUACCCAGGCAUUUUUAUAUUCCGAUUCUCAGAAGGAUUCAACUACCCGAACGCCAACCAUUACUUGGACUAUAUGGUGAAGGUCAUUUUUGAGAAAACCCAGCGGACCAACCCUUUAAGCUUUCCACGGCCGGGCGACCGACCGUGGAAUGAUCCAGGUCCGCGCCGCGGAAAGGAAUUGAACUCUAACGACCACCGUCCGACUCUCAAGGCGAUCAUUCUAGAUUUCUCCUCUGUCAACAACGUUGAUAUCACCUCUGUUCAAAAUCUAAUCGACGUACGCAAUCAACUUGACCGCUAUGCGUCCCCCGAGACCGUCGAAUGGCAUUUUGCGGGCAUCAACAAUCGCUGGACCAAGCGCGCCCUUGCCUCUGCUGGCUUUGGCCAACCAUCCGAAUCGUCUCACGCACCAGGUGAGGGUCAUCGGUGGAAACCCAUCUUCUCUGUUGCCGAUAUAGGUGGCUAUGCCUCUGCAGCGAACCAGGCGGAGUGGGAGCAGAAUCGCGAUGAGCUUCGUCGUGCUUCUACCAGAAACGCGGACAUUGAGCGAGCAACAAGUGUGUCUCAGUCAAGCGAGGAGAAUCCAAAAGCUAUUCCGGGAGGCGUUUGCGCCGUUCCAGGCAGACAUAUUAUUGUGCACGGCGUCAAUAUGCCGUUGUUCCAUAUCGAUCUCACGGCAGCGCUGCAGAGUGCUAUCUAUAACGUGGAGAGCAGACCGAGGAUAGAUCCCAAGGUUGCGAUUGAGGUCGAGGCAGCGGCCAAGGCUGCCAAAGCUAGUAAUUAGUAUCUAGAUGACUAUAUGUUUUGUGCUUCAGUUAGGUGUUGCGCGACAGGAUAAUGCAUAUACAUGUCGGCCUGCAGAAUGCUCAUGGGAAGUGCAUCGUCUGACACAAA